CCCAGUUCGAGUGGUGGGGGACCGAAGGGUGUUUUCAGUCGGUCGCGCUUUGUUCCCGAGAUUGGGCAGCCUGACAGACCAUGACGACCAGGCGGCAUGAUGGCGUCCGGCGAUUUGUAGCCUCCUGACAGCGAAAAAUCUAGUGUGUCAUACACACACGGACGUACAGCAUACACAGCUACGGUCUGCAGUACAAGAUAGUCAGUACUUGACGUUGUGUAGCCAUAGAGCGGACGAGAGGGGCCCCGAAAAGGUACGUUGUUAACAAGAGGUAAGCACGCGCGUGUCCCGGCCCUGCCAUGGCGGACUCGUUGUUCUGUGGCCCCGCCUACCCCUCUGUCAACGGCAAUGAUACAACAACAGUGGACACCAGGGCAGGGGAGUGCCUCGUGGAUGGACUCAACUUAAUACCACAUGCGGGGUACCUGCCGUUGGCUCUUCUAGCUCUAGUGCUGUGGAGAUGGAAAAAGGGCAAAGUUACCGAGCAUCAAAAAGGAUGGAUCUUGUUCCCAGGGCACUACGCACGGUGGACCGUCACUCUCAUUCUUCUAUUUAUCACCCUCUGUGAGGUAGGGGAGGGAGCUGUAUCAGAUGGUUACACACCUGGACAUCACGUUCACUUGUACCUACCAUGGAUUGUCUCACUGCUGGCCACCCUGCUCGCCUGUGUCUACUACUACCAGGUGGAAAUGUCCAACAAACCCCGUCUGUUGUUACCGCUGGCCGUGUACUACGUCAUGUCUGCCGGGUUCAAAGCCGCCCGGCUGGCUCAUCUGUACACCCGUGGAGACGUGAGCUCCACAUCACUCCGACUGAGUCUGACGUGGACGUCUGUCGUUCUGUACACAAUACAUGUCAUUAUUGAAGGAUACACUUUGUACAAACUGAAGUACCUGUCGGCCAGCCCAGUCCAGCUGAAGCCGCACAGUGACCUGAAAGACGACAACAUGUACUACGUGUUUCCUUAUGUCACGCUCCCGUCACGCGCUACGUUCUGGUGGGCAAGCUUCAUCCUCAGGGUGGGCUACAAGGAACCUCUGGAGAUGUCCCACCUGGGCAAGAUUCCCAUGCUAAUGCGUGCUAAGGCAUCCUAUGAUGUCUUCAAGGCCACUUAUGACCAUGACAAGGCAAAGGCUGAUGCAAAGAACAAGAAGCUGUCCCUGUGGGGUGUCUACAUCAAGGCAUUCAGCGAUGCCUUCCUCAUCUCCGGACUCCUGAGGCUUCUUGUGGACACCCUGACGUUUUCCACCCCUCUGAUCCUGAAUGGUAUUGUCACCUGGGCCACUCUUAACUUCCAACAGGGAGGAACAGAGCAACCUGUUUACAAGGGAGCGUUCCUGGUGACAACAGGAGAGUUCUUUGGGAAUGGGUUCAUCCUCAUCACCUUGCUGCUGAUUGUCAACAUACUGAGGUUCCAGUUGGAAUACUUCGGAGUCUACAUGACCUUCCAGCAGGGAAUACAGCUCAAAACUGCCCUUCAGACGAUGAUAUACAACAAGGUUCUGAAGCUGUCGUCCUGGGUGCUGAGCAGUGACAAGGUGACGGCAGGACAGGUGAUGAACCACGCCGGUAUGGACGCCACCAUGCUGAUGUACAUGAUGACCAUGAUCCACAGCCUCUGGUCCAUGCCCCUACAGCUUAUAGCUGGCUGUAUCAUGCUGUACUUCCAACUGGGCUGGAGCGCUGUGAUUGGAGCUCUUCUCAUCAUCAUCAUGUCUCCUGUCAACUACAAAAUAGCAAGGAAAUCAGAGGAACUUACCAAGACUAAAAUGGCUGCAUCAGAUACCCGUAUGAAGCACAUCAAUGAAACUAUUCAGGCUAUCAAGCUACUGAAGCUUUAUGCAUGGGAAAAGAUGUUCAGUGAAAAAGUACUUGAUGCCCGGAACAAGGAAGUUACAGAAAUGUACAAACGAGCUGGCUGGGAGAUCCUCACAUCAUUCAUCACGCAAGCAACUCCAGUGGCUGCUACACUCAUCUCCUUCGGUACUUACGAGUUCCUCAACAACCAGCCGCUGACGGCGGCCAGUGCCUUCACGUCGCUCUCCCUGUUCAACAUCAUGGCCUUCCCGCUCACCAUCUUCCCCAUCCUGAUUCGCACCGUCAUCAACGCAACCGUGGCGACCAAACGGAUGAAACCGUUCUUCGAGUCCACCGAAGUCGAGGAGCUCGGGAACCUGUCUCGUCCUGACAUCCACGCGGGCGACGGCGAUGAAGGCCAGAAUGGAAUGACAGAUCGCCACAUAGUCUCAGUACCAGACGUGAAGGUAGUGACGAAUUCCAAGAAGGACCUGCAUGAAAAUGAGAGCAGUGUGGAGCUGAAGCAGCUUGUCCGAGGGCUGUCACAUACAGACAUGGCAGACGAUGUGGCUAUUCAGAUCCGUGAUGGCAACUUUUCUUGGGAACUAGAAUCUGACAGUGCAGCACUCAGUGACAUCAACCUAGGAGUACAGAAAGGAAAGCUGACCGUAAUUGUUGGACAGGUGGGAAGUGGGAAGUCCUCCUUGUGUUCAGCCAUUCUCGGAGAGAUGAGAACUCUUUCUGGACAAGUCCUGUGGGACAAGGAACACAACAGUGUGGCAUAUGGAGCACAGAAACCUUGGCUUCUCAAUGCUACCUUGCGGGACAACGUGACCUUUGGACAGCCCUUUGAUGUCUCUAGGUACCAGAAGGUGAUCACAGCCUGCUGUCUUCAGCCUGACAUCGACAUUCUCCCUGGAGGGGACAUGACAGAGAUUGGAGAAAAGGGAAUCAACCUGAGCGGUGGCCAAAAACAGAGGAUCAGUCUGGCAAGAGCACUGUAUUCAAACAGUGAUAUUGUCAUACUGGAUGACCCACUGUCAGCUUUGGACGCCCAUGUCGGGGGUGACGUGUUUGAGCACGGCAUCAUGGGACACCUGAUUAACGACGAGAAGCGGACCGUGAUCCUGGUCACACACAAGCUGCAGUACCUGGAGGAGAGUCAGUAUGUGGUGGCCAUGGAGAAUGGCUGUAUCCUGGCCCAGGGAACCAUGGAUGAUAUCCGUCAGUCCAACCCAGAACUCUGUGACAGCUGGAGGGAGAUUGUUGCCAAAGGCAUCCGGGAGAUGCAGGAAAGGGCAAGAACCCGGACUGUCUCCAGCGGCAGUGCCAGUGGUGAGGAGGGAGAGGACGAGAUGUCAGCGGAGGCAGAACGAGCCGCGCUGGUGAGGCAGCUGUCCCGCCAGCAGUCAGUCAGGUCACGCACCACGUCUUUUGUGAAAAAGGAGGGGAAGGAAGAUGAGGAAGAUGAGGAGGAAGAAUUGGACGAACAAAAAGCUGCGGAGGGGAAACUGGUUGAAGAAGAGGGGCGGUCUGUAGGAUCAGUCAAGCUGCAGCACUACCUCACAUACGCUGCUGCCUGUGGAUCCAUCCUUGUCAUCUUUCUCCUACUCUCCCAGUUGUCCAAGCAGGGUUUGCAGGUGGGGAUUGACUUCUGGCUGUCUUCCUGGGCUUCGGCCUCAGCGGGCAGCACUGCACAGCCUAUGAACAACACAGCUGGCAACCAAACAUUCGGAAAUGCCACACAGGCUCCUCCAACCAUAGAUGUUGACUAUUAUAUCAAAGGCUAUACUGGACUGUCGGUGGCAGCCAUUUCUGUAACAGCUUUUGCGUCGGUCAUAACUAUUCUGUCCAUGAUCAAAGGAGCCAAGAACCUACACGAGGCAAUGGUCCGGAACAUCGUCCUUUCUCCAAUGCGGUUCUUUGACACAACUCCUACUGGUAGGGUGCUGAAUCGCAUGGCAGAGGACACUGCAACUAUAGACUUGCGUCUGCCGUUCAUGAUGGAGCACCUGAUCCGUGUGAUCCUGCUGGUGUGCUCGGCUCUUCUCGUCAACGCCGUGGUGACGCCGUACUUCCUCAUCGGUGCCGUUCCCAUCAUCAUCCUGUACUACAUCGUGCAGAAAUACUACCGCGCUACAGCCAGGGAAAUCCAGCGUCUUGACAACAUCAACAAGUCUCCUGUAUUCGCCCACUUCUCAGAGACACUCGGGGGACUGACUACUGUACGUGCCUACAGGGCGGAGAAGAGGUUCAGUGAAUCCAUCAUGGACAAACUUGACCGGAGCAACACCCCGUUCUACUACACAGCUGCCACCUCCUGCUGGAUAGGUGCCAGGCUGGGGUACAUGGGAGGCAGCAUUGUGUUCCUGGCCGGCCUAUCCGCCAUACUGGCCGCCAUGUUUGGAUCAGUCUCUGCUGGCAUGGUGGGGCUGUCCAUCACCUAUGCACUCAACAUUCAGAUGUACCUGUUGUGGGUGGUGCGUGGCUAUGCUGAGGUGGAGAUGAUGAUGAACUCUGUAGAGAGGGUGGACCAAUACUCCUCCACACCAACAGAACCAUACCACAAGGAUGGUAAUGUCAUUCCUGAUGACAACUGGCCAUCUAAAGGGGAGGUGACUUUUGAAGGCGUCUCUGUCAGGUAUGACAAGACUUUGGACCCAGUCCUGACUGACGUGUCAGCAACUUUUGAAGCAGGUGAAAAGGUUGGCAUAUGUGGACGUACAGGCAGUGGGAAGUCAUCCUUGACUCUUGCUCUAUUCAGGAUGAUCGACAACUUCAAAGGAAAGAUCACCAUUGAUGGGAUAGACAUCAGCCGAGUAAACCUGACCACCCUGCGAUCACGCCUGUCCAUCAUCCCACAGGACCCUGUACUGUUCAGCGGCUCUGUCAGGUAUAACCUGGACCCGUUUGACAAAUGCAGCGAUGAAGAGCUGUGGGAGGCUUUAGAGAUCGCCCAGCUGAAGACGGUGGUAUCAGAACUACCCAACAAACUAGAUGAGGCUGUUUCUGAUGGUGGAGAGAACUUCAGUGUUGGCCAGAGACAGCUGUUUUGCCUGGCCAGAGCUUUCGUGAGAAAAUGCCGGAUACUCAUUAUGGAUGAGGCAACGGCUUCCAUAGACAUGGAGACGGAUUCCACUCUCCAAAAUGUAAUCAAGACUGCCUUCCAGGAUCGAACUGUCCUCACCAUUGCACAUCGUAUCGCCACCAUCCUGAACUCUGACCGGAUACUUGUACUGGACCAAGGCAAAGUGGUCGAGAACGACACUCCAAAGAAGCUCUUGAAGCAGCCGAAUGGCCUCUUUGCAUCACUGGUCAAAGCCAACAAGUAGAUAGCCCGCUAGAGUAUGAUAGGCUCACUGUCUGUUAUCAUGACAUAUUUAAGUGUUGCAAUGAGUGUGUCUUCAUGAUGUAGAGUUUUAUGGUGGUAUUGUAAGACACAAAAUGUCUCAAGACAUUAUUUUUAACGAGCAUCAAGUUAUUGGUCAACAUAUUGUUCAAUAUCCAAAAGUCUUCUUUGGUGCAAUGAAGCAAAACCAAUUGUGGUUAAGACUAUUUUCAGGCAUGCUAUAAUGCUCUACUUGGGACCAAAAUUAGUCAAGAAUAUAUUUUGUUUGUGCUGUUUUGUUUUGUUUUUGCUUCAGAUGAUAGAUAGGUGCAUAAGGUAAGUUUGUAGUAUUAUUAUACUACAUGUACUUGUCAAAAACCAUGUCUACUGAUUGUUUCUUGUUGUAUUAUCCUAGAAAGACUUACAUUGGUGUUUAAGAUAAGACUUCAGCAAUCAACCUACAAGACAAUGUGACGAGCUUUAAACAACAUGCAACCACUGCCAUGACUUGACUUCUCAGUGUCGAAAAUGCGCUCACACAUUAUGAUUCUGUUGUCGUGAAAGGUACUUCUGUCACAGCAAAUAAACUCGAAUUCAGGGAUUGUAAAUUCUUGGUAUAUAGCUUUUCAUCCAAUUAUCUGUCAUAUUUGACAGUGGAUGGUGUUGCAGAUGUCCAAGUAUCAAUGUAUGUGCCAUUCUACAAUCUUGUAUAAUUCAGCCUAGUACAGUGAAACUUUGGUACCAAAUUUGUAUUGUUGGUUUAGGUAGCAAAGAGAAGGUUAAUCUAAACCUUUGUAGGCAUAGCCUAUUGACUUGCUAACUAUAAGUGAGUGAGUGAGUUAGUGAGUGAGUGAGUGUGACUGAGUCAGUGAGUGAGUUUACCGAAGAUGCAUGUAUGGUGCACUGAUUUUGAACUUUAUGUAUGCGGCAAGUUUCUCAUUAAUAAUUCUAUGAUAAUAUAUUUUCGUUUAUAUCAUGUGUUACCUCAGAAAGAUGUUAAACGGAAUUUCUAUAUGAAAAAUAAUCAUUAUAGCCUUUAAGGUAAUCAUAUAUUUGUUCGGUAAUAUUUUAUUAUC